AUGUUAAAAUCCUUCGUUAUUGGUUCAGGAUUAAUUUCCUUAGCUUUAGCUGCUAACAACUCAACUUUAACAACUGCUACUCCAGAUGUUAAAUCAGCUUGUUCAUUCGAUGACUUCACUGCUACUGCUUCAGCUGAUGUUGCUUCAAUUGCUGCUUGUCCAACUGCUGUUGGUGAAAUUAUCAUUGAAGGUGAUUCAUUCGGUUCAAUUGAAUUGAACGGUCUUGAACAACUUUACGGUUCUUUAGAAGUUAACAAUGCCACUAAAGCUGUUACUUUUAACGCUGCUACUUUACAAUUAGUUUCUGGUGAAUUAGCUUUUUCUGGUAACACCGUUUUACAAACCUUAAACUUAGCUCAAUUAACUACUGUUGGUUCAUUAAGUUUAAAGGCUUUACCAGCUUUAGAAAAUGCCGGUUUAACUUCAGGUAUUACUUCUGCUGAUGCUAUCGUUGUCUCAGAUACUGGUUUAUCUACUUUAGAAGGUAUUAAUGUUGUUAAAUUAAAAACUUUAGAUAUUAACAACAAUGGUAACAUUGAAUUAAUUGAUUCCGGUUUACAACAAGUUACUGAUUCUUUAUCAAUUUCUUAUAAUUCCGAUCAAGUUGAUGUUAAAUUAGAUCAAUUAACUUCAGUUAAAGAUAUGGUUUUACAAUCAAUUGGUUCAAUUUCUUUAGCUAACUUAACUUCAACUAAUGGUUCAUUAUCAUUCUCAUCAUCAUCAAUUGAAAAGAUUGAAAUUUCUUCAUUGAAAUCCAUUGGUAACUCAUUAACCAUUAACAAAAACUCCGAUUUAACUGAAAUUGAAUUCUCAAAAUUAACUUCAAUUGGUGGUGCUUUACAAAUCUCUGAUAACGACGAUUUAUCAUCAUUCUCAGGUUUCCCUGAAUUAAAAACCGUUGGUGGUUCAGUUAACAUUAAUGGUUCAUUCGAUAAUGGUACUUUCGAAUCAUUAGACAGAGUUUCUGGUGGUUUCAACUUAAGAUCAUCAGGUGAUUUAAGUUGUGAAGAAUUCAAUGAAUUAAACUCCGAUGGUGAUAUUAAAGGUGAUAAAUACUACUGUUCAGGUGCUGAUAAAGAAACUUCAUCAUCUUCAGCUAAAUCAAGAAGUUCCGAAGAAACUUCAUCUUCAUCUGAUGAUUCAGAAUCCGAUGAAUCUUCUUCCUCAUCAAAAUCUUCAGAUUCCGGUGCUAGUAAAUCUGUUGGUGGUAUCUUAGGUUUCAUCUUAGGUGCUGCUGCUUUAGGUGUUUCUUUAUACUAG